AUGGGUGAAGCCAAGAUUACGACCACUCCCACACAUCCAUCAUCCUCAUUAGAUAAAGAUGAAAGUGGACAAUCAAUUUCGGAAAAAGAACAUAGGGGUAUGAUUGGCUCAUUACUAUAUUUAACUGCAAGUAGGACUGGCAUUGUUUUUGCAGUACCAUUAUGUGCUAGGUUUCAAUAUUCACCAAAAGAAUCUCAAAUAACUGCCAUAAAAAGAAUUUUUCGUUAUCUUGUUGGCACUAUUGAUCUUGGCCUUUGGUAUAUCAAAGGUUCUCAUUUUGAUUUUGUAGCUUAUUCUGAUGUCGAUUAUGCCGGCGAUAAGAACGAAAGAAAAAACACAAGUGGUGCAUGUCAACUCUUAGCUGAAACGUUGAUAAGCUGGUCAUGUAGAAAUCAAAACACGAUUGCCGUAUCCACCACUGAAGUUGAAAAUGUUUCAGCAGCAAAUUGUUGCUCCCAAGUCUUAUGA